UCUCCCACGCUACGCUAUAAAUGCUUUGACGCUACAGUUCUCAAGUGAAACAAAGCAACAGAAAGAAGCAAAAAAAAAAAGGCUAUUCCUAUAAGAUUUUUAACUAUAGCUCUCGUGAUCCUCUCCGCGUUACUACUUUCCUCGUCUCUCGGCGGCGUUACAGCGACGGAGACGAAAGGCAAUGAGGCGGAAGUGCGCCGGAUGUACGAGCAGUGGCUUGUGGAGAACCGGAAGAACUCUAACGCUCUUGGAGAGACAGAGAGACGUUUCAAUAUCUUUAAAGACAACUUGAAGUUGAUAGAAGCACACAACUCGGUCCCGGACCGGACUUACGAACUCGGAUUGACCCGGUUUGCAGAUCUAACCGACGAUGAGUUUCGAGCUAUUCACUUAAGGGGGAAGAUGGUAAGGACAAGCGAUCCAGUGAUAGGAGAUAGGUACUUGUACAAAGAAGGAGACGUUUUGCCCGAUGAAGUUGACUGGAGAGAGAAAGGUGCAGUUGUUCCGGUCAAAAAUCAAGGAGACUGUGGAGGUUGUUGGGCGUUCGCGGCGGUUGGAGCCGUGGAGGGUUUAAACAAGAUCAAGACAGGAGAGUUAGUAUCUUUGUCGGAACAAGAACUCUUGGAUUGCGACAGAGGGGAAGAUUCGGGAAACUUUGGAUGUUUAGGAGGUAACGCAGCCGAUGCUUUUGAGUUCAUUGUGGAUAACGAUGGUAUUGUAACGGAUAAAGUUUACCCUUAUACUGAGAAUGAUACCGCCGCGUGCAAGGCCAUUGAGAUGGUUACCACUCGGUAUGUUACCAUUGAUAGUUAUGAGGAUGCUCCACAUAACGAUGAGAUGUCUUUGAAGAAGGCUGUUGCACAUCAACCUAUUAGUGUUAUGAUUGAAGCCGAAAAUACGAAACUCUACAAAUCUGGUGUGUUUACAGGGCCAUGUGAUCAUUGGUAUGGAAACCACAAUGUGGUAGUUGUGGGGUAUGGAACGACAGAAAGAGGUGAAGACUACUGGAUUAUCCGUAACUCAUGGGGAGCAAACUGGGGUGAAAGUGGAUACAUUAAGCUUCAGCGUAACUUCCACAACUCAACUGGGAAUUGUGGAGUCGCAAUACGGCCUGUGUACCCACUCAAGUCCAACUCAGCAUUUGGUUUGUUGUCUCUAAGUGUAUGUAAAUUGGGGGUUUUAUUUGUUUUAACUGGUUGGGUUUUGUUGUGAGAUAGACGUUGCCAAGCUCUAUCCGAAAGCCGGAUGUCUUGUGUUGUUUGUUAUCUUUAAUUUAGUUCAAUUCUCUCAUCGAGGGUUUUCUGAGAAUUAUUUAAGACUUUCAUGUUCUUCCAGAAUUGAUUAAAAAUAAGAGACUUCUCCC